AUGGCCGGUAACUGUGACACAGACGAUGACCCGGCGGAAAGAAUAUGUUCGAUGUUCUCUGAUGCUAAAUACAACAAGUGCUAUAAGUUGUAUAAAGAGGCCGAUGAAGUGUUCACUGAGAGCCAGUUAGAUACACUGGAGAAACUUACCCUUCAGUACCAUAUGAUGAAAGACUCACAUGUUACGAUCACAGAGGUUCUACAGAGAAGAAUGGAGAGCUUAAAGGAUGGGCAGCGUGAGCUUCGUGUUUACAUAGCAGGAGAGGUGGCAGUGGGUAAGUCGACCUUUCUGAACUUACUGAUGGGUGGAGACUAUUUACCCACCGACCAUGGAAGCUGUACUAAUGUUCUCUGCGAGGUUCACAAUAACCCAGUGAGACUAGGAAUCAUAUACUACGGGACAGGACAGCGUAUAGAUAUUAAUUUACCACCUGACUCGACUUCCGACGAAUGGAAUCGGAUUCAGGCCUGUAUUAAGGACAAGACUGAUAAUCAAAUCAGAGUUACUAAAGUCGAAAUAUACUGGCCAUUGAUGAUCUUCAAGAGCAUGCAUCAGACAGAAACUAAAGAAGCGGGACGACAUAUCAGCGGCAGUAUUGAUAUGGCAUCUGACUUGUUGGAAAGCAUACGUCCUAAUAUCAUGUCAGAAGUCGAAAACGUUGAUACCCCGAAAAAUGAGGAGGAGUAUUUGAGAAAACGGAGCACUCUCAAAGGCUGCUUUAAACAGUCAGAGAGGAGAGGACGACUGCCCAUUAUAUUUAUGGAUUUCCCUGGCAUUGAUUCGGACCAUCAAGAAUCGUUUAAGCCAUAUCUUCGAAAUGUUGACAAGUGCCACACAUUCAUAUUUAUGAUAGACAUACACAGAGAUCAUGGGGUACGUGGACCUACACUGCAAAAGUUGAUGGCUGAUAUAUCUGAUGCAAUUGCAAUAGAAAGUUCAACUUUGGAUCCUCAAACAGCACUUUUUGUCUGUACAAACUGCCCAGAAAGUAUCAUUAGCGAUUUGAGAAGGAAAUCGGAUCUUACAGACAAGAUACUUGCCAGAAUCCAAAUGCGUUGGCCAAUGGUGGUGAGGAGCCAGAUAAUCUUUAUUGACAAUAUGACAAAGGUUGCAUCCUCUGUCGACCGGUCACUCCUCAUGAUGACACUCCAAAGAGAAAUAAUAGAUUUCCUAAUAAAAUCUGAACGUUUGUUAUUGGAGGAGCACUGCAUGUGGUUAACACGUUUGAUUGAAUGUACGUCUGCCUUCAUGAAAUUUGGAAACCAAUGGAAAUCUAUGGAAGAUAUUAUUCGGAUUGACGUUAAAACACGUGAAUCUUUAGAAAAAGUUUUUGAUUUCUUUGAUCGUUUGAAAACUGACUCCAGUAUAGCAGAUAAAAUGACAAGCAUUCAAACCUUAUAUGAAGACAAGAUCCGUAGAUAUUUAGAUCAUGAAAUACAAAUGGACGAGCUCACAAUUAAAGACGUGAUGUCUUUGAGGGAUAAAAUAAGCCCAGUCCUUAAAAGUUUCCAGCGGGCUUGCGACAUAGAGAUGGAAUACACACUGUCCAGGAUGAGGUCAGAAAUUCAAGAAAAACUAAUGUAUGGGGAAUUUCAAGGAACCGUAGCUCAAGAUGAGAAUUCCAUAAUUGAUAACGACAAGGUCGUCCUACCUUUUGUGGCUCUAUUUCUAUGGCCUGUUGGACUUGGAAUUGCUGCUUUCGCCAUUUACGAAUUUGCAUUGUCUAUAAUGGAGAAUGACAGUAUGUCGAAACAAAAUCUCAUCAAAAAGGUGGUGGCCAAAAUCAAAGAACAUAUGGCCAGUAAUUUAAAUAAGAGUGUCCAGGAAAUGAAUAGACAUAGGAUUGAACUUGUUAAUAUUUUAAACCAAAACAAAAAAUAUCCUUCAUUAAAGGGAAACACAGAUCGCUCGUCCGUCUGUGAGAGAUUUAAUGAGAUCGCCAAAAGUCUUUGGGACGUCUAUGUUGGUUCCAUUAUGCAGCAUGAAUUUUCCUCAGAUGAGAUAGAAGUACACUAUGACCAAGGGAUAGGACAUCAUAAUCAAAAAGUUAAUGUUUAUAAUGCUACGAUAAAGGCGCGAAAAAAUGAAACACACGCUGUGAAGGAAAUUCAAAUGCAACUCCGAGAAACGCCUGCAGAAGAUUCGACUAAGGAAAAGGGGGACUAUAAAACAUCUCUACCCUGCGACUCUUCAAUAUUUCGAGAAAGAUAUUUAUUAAAGCAUUUGUCGUUGAAGAAAGCAGAUGAAGACCACCCCUUCUUUGUACAAUAUGAAGGUUCUGCUGGUCACGUUGAAAAGGGUCAUUAUCAUUUACAGCUUGUUAUGAAGAGAUAUAAGGGUAGCCUUGUAGACGUACUUCAAUGUACUGAUCAGAAGAGACGAAUCAAAUACGCCAAAGCAGCUGCGCGAGGCCUCCGGUUUCUACACAAACAUCAAGUUAUACACAGAGAUGUUAAACUCUCCAACUAUUUGGUUGAUGAUGACGAUAAUGUCGUGAUCUGUGACGUAGGACAUUCAAAGCAUAUUGAUAGUGUGCAGACAAUUCGUGGUCGAGGAACCUUGAUAUACCUGGCUCCAGAACUUAGAGAUUCCUCCAUCUUUCCACAUACAAAAGCUUCAGAUAUUUAUUCACUCGGACUUACAUUAUGGGAGUUGAUUAAUGGUGAACGUAUUGAUCUUGAAAGACGUUUUGAAAAGAAGAUCUCUAAAGGGAAAGGGGGAGGUGUGGAGAACUUAAUUCGAGCUUGUUUGAAUCCUAACCCCAAACAAAGACCUACUGUAUUUGAAAUCGUUGCUCAACUGGAUAUCCUCUAUUCAACAACAUACUUAUAGAUAGCAAAUGUAAACUAAGUACAUGUGAAUCCUACAGGAUU